AUGCAGCCUCAGCCAACAUCACCGGCAGACUGGCAGGCCUAUGCCAAUUCAGAGGCCGUCUCAAAGAUUCCUUUGAAGGCAGAUCUCCUUGAUGAAGGUGGAAAAAAAUAUCACCGUGAUGUCUACAUCGAUGUCACGAACUUGUUCAAUGGGUCCAACGGGAGGGACGUGGGUGCCAUCGCAGACGUGAUUGCCUUCACCAGCUCAGACGUUGUAUUCAAAAUUCCCAAGAAUGGAAUUUGCCGUCUAUACGCGCGAGUCCUGACGGCCUCAUCGCCCGUCCAUUUGCGAUUCGAACCGGAAGCGCAAAGCGACUGCGUCGUCACCAUCUUUGCCUCUGUCCUCGACCAGCCAGUGACCUACUCUGUCGGCUCUGGGAGCUCGACACGGUUGAACCUGGGCGCUGAGUCUGGUAAUGUCGGGGUCGACCUUGGUAUCAGCGGUGGAAGUGUCACCGAGACCGACUACUACACUAGAUACAACACCUUGAAGCUAUUCCCGGCUGUGUUCCUGAAUAGCCUAGAGACCCAACUCCGCGUCGCUUCCGUCCUCUUCUGGAAACUGCCAUCUGUGGCCACGUCCCUUGCCUCCCAUGUGGCACUUGCUACUGUCCGCUCUUCUACGGAUAACUGGCUGAACGCUCAGGCAGUGGCACUUGGCCAGCAGCUCGCUGCGCAGGCCUUGACGGGGCCCAACACGAGUUACAUGCCGGUCUUGAAGAUCGACAAGUACAUGAGCACAGUGACGCUCGCCAUCGACGCCGCAUCUGCGUUUCAAGACCAGUAUGACCGGUUUCAGGACAGGCAGGCGUCACUCCAAGACCGCUUAGCGGCCUGGGGAACGAUGUUAGAGCACGCAAAGAACGCACGCGGGAUGCACCAGGUCCUGAGAGACAGUGCGCUAUCGCGAUAUGACGAUGCGCACAAGGUCGUGGUAAGCACCAAGCAGCAGCUUGACCUCGACCAACUAGACAUCAAUAACGCCCAGCUGCGGUUCAAGGCGGGGAUUGAGGCUUGGAAGUCCAAAAUGGCCUUUCAGGCUGCGUUCCAAAUCAUCACCGCCGUUGUGGGGUUUGCGCUCGCCAUCGGGAUGAUCUGCGUAGGCGAUCCUUCGGCAGGCCCUACAGCAGCAAAGGCCGCUGACGAGGCCGUGGGGGCAGUCCAGGAAGCUGAGAAGCUGGCAUCGGAUGGGGGCGAGUUGGUGAAGUCGCUGACUCUGUCCAAUCUCAAAAAAUGCGCAAUGGCGCUAUACAAGCUCUACCCUAUGAUCGACAAAGCUGUGCAGGACAUCAAAGUGCUGGACCGGGAUCCGAAGGCAAAGAUCCCGGGAUACGACGACGUGACGGGAAACGGCGCGGGCGAUGGCGAUGCACAAGCAAUCCAGUCCCUGGCUGCAUGGGACAAGUGGGUUAUCGAGUCCGACGACCAGCUGAAAUUUGCGGUUGAUCACGACAUCGACGGUGCGAUUGAGUACCGGCAGGCGCUUCGUAAGCACGCAGUGAAUGGGAAGCAGCUCGCCCAGACUCAGGCGGAAGCGAUCAAGGCUGGUCAGGCUUUCAUCCAGGCGCAGCUAGAGCUCAACCUGAGCCAGAAAGACAUCGAUGAUCUUCAAGACCUCAAGAAGACAUUCCAGGGUGAAGAGAAGGCAGCAGAGGAGGCCGCUGUCAAGUUCUACGACCGAAUGAUGGCAUUGAGAACCAGCGUCGCCAUCGAGAUGCGCAAUCUCGUUUGGGCCUUUAAAUACUACGCCUUGGAGGACAGUGCCAUCACAAUCGAUCCUCUGAAGCGAAUCGAGGAAUAUAAGGCCGAUCUACUGACCGUCGCGGAGGAGAUGCAAACAUCCGAUUCAAGAUAUACCAAUGACUACCAGCCAUUCUCAUUCCCAAUUCCUUCCAGCAAGCUCCCUCUCGACUACGGCCAGGCAAUCAUUAGCUCUCUCAAAGACAGCUCCCACAGUGGCAGCUUUACACUCACCCCCGGCUUGGAUGAUGCCCUCGCUGGGCCCUUUAACGAAGGAUCCCACUUCCGUCUCGAUGGCUUGGAAGUAGCUCUUCUGGGAAUCGUUCCUAAACCUUCCGCCCUCCAGAACGGACUCGCUGAGGUGGAAGUCAAGAUCUCCACUUCCGGGCUGUACGCUGACAUUCAGGGUGAAAAAGUCUUCCACUUUGCCAGUCAGCCGUCGCACAAGAUCUUCAAGUAUACCAUUACGGAAACAGGGGAGAUGGCCGGGGUGUUGGUGCAUGCAAUCUACCCGUCUACGGAUCAUACUGAACCGACACCGUUCACGGAGUGGACGAUUACCAUUGCGCACCCUGAGACACUGGACUUGACGGGACUAACAGGCUUGAAAUUGACUUUUACGGGUAGAGCGGACUUUGAGUAG